AUGAAGAAAAAAAAAGUUAAUCAUCUAGCCAAGUUCACAGAAUUAAAAAAAGCUAUGGAUAUUUGGUUACGAAGAGUUCUUUCACAAAACGGAAUAUUAACGGAUGGGAUUUUGCAAUGCCGACUAAAACGCAAAAAAAUUCUUUUAUUAGUUGAUGGUGCUACAUCUCAUUCAAAUAAUGAUAAACUUACUCACGUCAAACUUCAUUUUUUACUACCCCAUACAACUCCUUACUUGCAACCGUGUGAUGCUAGAAUAAUCCAUUCAUUUAAAGCCCACUAUCGAAAAUUAUAUCUUCAAAGUAUUAUAGAUGCCAUUAAUGCUAAUAAAGAAAUAUCUCCUCUAAUCUCUUGGACGCAAUUAGGUAAUAUGCAAAUCAAAAAUCAAUUAAUCAAGAAUCUUAUUUCCGAAAUCCAAUCUAAUUAUAUGCGAGUAAUGACUGUGAAUGAUUAUAUUCGAGUUGAUGAUACUCUCAAAAUAGAAGAAGUUGUCUUAGAUGAAGAUGCUAUUAUUAAAGAAAUUCUUCCUCAGUCCAAUCCCAAUAGUGAUGAUAAUGAAAGUGACAUUGAAAUCAAGAAAUUUCCCUAUUCUGUCGACUUGAAACAAUGUAGACUACUCAUACAAUAUGUAGAACAACAAGAGCCA